AUGGCGACCAGACUACCUGCACUGACGCCAAAAGCAGCAACUGUUCAAAAUGACGAUGUGUCAGCCGCGGAAAAAGCAAAAGCGGCUAUGGCGCUGAUAGAGAAUGAAGCCCUGGCAGAUAUUAGAGUUGUAUGGCACGCUAAAAUGAAUGUCAACCCCAUCGAGGAUCUACCCUCACGCACAACAACUCACGGCUUUCCACCAAAACUAGCUCAAGAGUAUCCCGACUUGGAGUUUCUACCGGCGACCUUUAAAGACCCCCUGGCAAACCUCAGGCUCGACGAAGAAAUACCCGUCUGGUCGCCACCAGGGGAGCACGGAGGGGCUGAGCCGAGAACCAAACAAUCACGUCGUCUAUCGCGCCUUCUUGGACGCAAGACCACCAGCAGAGGCGGUAAAAGGCUGGGAUUUCUGAAGACAAUCCCCGACAAGUCAUUGCCAGUGCCACCGCUUGUUCGCAGUGCUUACUUCUACUCUUACGGCAGAUGUCCAGCGUGCGCCGGCUUUUAUAGACAGCCAAUGAGAGCGAUCGAGUGUAGUCUCUGCGAAAAGGCCCGCAGUACUAACCGUAAACGCGCCUUCGGUCAUCACACCUCUCAGCGGAUCAGUAAUUCCACAAAGGACGGCACGUUAGAGCACUUGAUUGGAAAGACUAAACGAAAGAUCUCUGAUGGUAGGGCCAGAGAUACAGUACGGCAGCUGGGAUGCAUGCUUGAGGAUGUCGGUGUGGUGGACACCCUGGAGGUGAAUGCACCCUCCAUCGAGACUAGAAUGAGUUUCCGCUUGAUACCACCAAGUUCAAGGUCCAAGACUGAAGUUUCCACCACCACCAUCUCUGAGUCACCCAAUUUCUACAAACAGGCUGAUGACGCGGAGAGUUUUCAUACCAUGAGUACUCAGAGUUACGGAGACCAGCUUUCUGUGACGAUGCAAACUAGUCAGUUUUUGCUCCGAAAAAAGGAGCGAUUCACGCCGAGGAAUCAGUUAAAGCCGGAUGUGAUGGAUUUAAAGUACAUGUAUCCCGGCUCUACCCUUCUGUCCGCCAAGCUAAAAGACUAUGACUGCCACGUGCCCCUCAUUUCCUAUGACACGAAUGAGAUGCGCGAACUAUACACCGUGACAAUCCUCAAGGAUACCUGCUUGAGGCGACUGCUUGCCUUUCGAAAUCUCUCCACCCUGCCCCCCGAACUGCAUUACAUCAAGAAUAUUAAAAAGAAGGAGGAGUCGGAUGACUCCCUACCGGGUGUAAAGACUCUGGAUGCUGAUGGCGAUAAGGACCAGCAAUUUAGAGUGACCAUGGAGAACACCGCAAAGAGCAUCCUCAGUGAGUUGGCGAACCAAUUCUACGAGGCAGACUAUGUGGUGCUCUCCCUCUUCACAAACUGGCUCGAGCGUGCCCGCAAAGAUACCUGCUUGUUGUGUUUGCAGACAGCCGAUGAGAUAGAUGCCUUCCUGCAUAUUAUGGGUCGUGAAAUUGUGAAUGAUAUUUUCAAGCCGGCUGGCAACGCGCGGAUGCAGCUUCUGUUUGUGCUCGCAACCGCCUCCGAGGAUGCUCGCCUGCGGCAUAACCUCUGGAUCGGUGUUAAGGUUUGGCUCGAGCCCCUGCUACUAAGUCUACUUGUCGAAUCGACGGGCACACGAGAGGAGGCCUGUUACACUCUGGCCUAUCUCUUCAGUUCCAACACGCUGGUCAACGACAUGCGACACAACUACGAACUGGACAUCCCCUUUGACGUGGCCUCUGUGGUCCUACGGGCACUGGAGAUGCGGCCAGAGAGUUUUAUGCACUUCUUUUGUCUGCUGGCCUACAUGAUUGAGGGCUGUCCUUGCUACAGCAUCCUCAACUGCCUGAUUGACAAGGCACCAAAGACGAAGAUCACGGUGUUCCGUCAACGCUGGCCUCUGCUCAUCUACUACGCUUUUAGACACUGGGAACAUAGUUACCUCUUUGUGAGCCCCUUCUGCCCGAAACGCAUCAGCGAGGCCAUGCUGGUGGCCUAUGGUGACCCAGUCUCGCGAAAGGCUGCCAGGAUGGCGCUGUGUGCCAUCAGCAUCCGGACACAUUUCAUUAUACCUGUGGUGACCUGUUGGCUCAACCAGUGGACCAACAGGGACGACGAGUCGUCUGAGGGAAAAAGUGACUAA